AUGUGCAGUCUUAAGGGACCUUUUCUUUUCAUCAUCUUGUCUCUUACUUUAAACUCCCUGGAAGCAACGCCAGUCGAAAGGCUACUUUCUUUGGCUUUAUCUUAUGGGACAUCCAACCGACAAUUAGCGAGUCCAAAGAAGAUUUACCGAGAUAGUGAAAGGACUGGAAACCCAAGUCCUCCUAAAAGACCUAGAGAUGUUCAGCUUGCAGAAGAGAAGUUUGAAAAGGGACUUGAUAGCUGUCCUCAGCUGUCACACUAUAAAGAAACACUUUGCGUUCAUUCUCAGUUGCUCCACAGGCCCAAUGGCUUGUAUGAUACUCAGGACACUGUUGUGGCCGCCAGUGGAGCUGACAACAGAUUCAGACACCACCACCUGGACAAACGGAAGUGCAACACCGCCACAUGUGUGACACAACGCUUGGCAGAUUUCCUGGUCCGGUCCAGCCACACCAUCGGGACCAUCUACUCGCCUACCAAUGUAGGGUCCAACACUUAUGGGAAGAGAGGCAGAGAACUUCCCAACUACCUACAGCUUUAAGAAGGCAGGAUGGCACAACGGUGGCGGCUCUCGCUAGAAAUUGCUCUUCCUGCCUCUGGGUCUCUAUGCUAUAAAGUCCUGGUCCUCUCGGUUUUCCAUUCGUUUCGUUUCAGCAAGGCCGACAUUCAGGGGUGGGUUCCUGCCGCCAUUACUACCAGUUCGGCGCCCGA